AUGGUGGAUCCGACCAACCCCGCUGUCAAGCUUUCAGGAGCUGCGGUUCAGUCUCGAUCGUCUGCGCCGCGGGUCCGGCUCAGCUGCGAAGAUUGCCGCCUGCGCAAAGUGAAAUGCGAUAAGCUCAGCCCUUGUACAAGCUGCGUGCGGCUCGGCUUUGCCUGUCGACCUGUUGAAAGAGCCCGUCUGCCGCGAGGCCGGGCAAGGAAGCUCCCCGAACGGGAUCAGGGCUUCGACAGGGGAUUAGCAGAUCGAGUCGCGAAGCUCGAACAGCUUUUGAAACAAGUCACCGCGGAGCGUGAUGGUGAUUCGACCUCCUCUAAGCCGCCACCGUCGACGGUACCCGGCACCAACACCAAGCACGGCUUUGAAACCGAGAUAGUCGGUGUCAAGGCUUGGCAAGAUCAUCCCUCCAUGACCAUGAGCCCGCCGCAUCGGCCUCGCCCGUCGACGACUUACUUGGCUAGUUCAUUUUGGGAAGAUAUUAUGCAGCAGACACAAGAACUGCGCGCUGUUCUGGAUGACCGUCUUGAAAACGAGCAGCUGGAAACCAGGCAACCAUCUGACAACGAGACUUCACUUGUCAGCUCCGCCACCCCGGAAAGCGUAUCCAACUCACCUGUGUUUUAUCGAGGCGGCAGUAUCUCAGCUCUAACGCGUCGAAGCCUGUGCGAGAUCUACUUGCGCAAUGUUGAUCCGGUGUUCAAGAUCCUGCAUCGUCCCUCGCUAAUUGCAUUCCUUCACGAUGAACAGCCAUACCUUGACUAUGAAUUGGAUCACCAGGUCCCAGCCACCCUGGCUUCUGCUGUCUACUAUGCGGCUGUGUGUACGAUGGAUGACUCGCAGUGCCAACUGCUAUUUGGUACAGACAAAACAACAGUAUCAGCCAAUCUCCAGAGGCAAACCGAUGCCAUGCUGAGAAAGGCCGAUUUUGUGGCCACCAAUGAAUUGACUGUCUUACAGGCGUAUGUUAUUUCAUUGCUUGCUGCCCGCUGCCAAGAUCAAAGCCGACGCGUGUGGACCAUGCUUGCCAUGGCUCUCCGAGUAGGCCAAGCGCUCUGUCUUCAUAUGCGUGAUCCACCUUUUCAUGUCAACCCUUUCGAGCAGGAAAUGCGUCGGCGUACUUGGCAAGCCAUUGGGGUUCUCGACAUGGCAGCCUCGUUGGACCGGGCAUCUGAACCAAUGAUGCAAUCUGCAUGGUUAAUGUCACAUCCACCCGCAAACAUCAAUGAUGAAGAUAUCUGGUUCGACAUGGUUGAACCGUUUGAGGAAUCCCCCGAGGGCACAUUCACGGACAUGACCCACACAUUAAUCAUUGCAGAAGCACAGUCGGUAGCCAGAUCGAUUGCGUUUACUGAUUUUAUUGAGGAAGCCGUGAAAAUCAUGAGCAUUCGACAGCAGAAGCUGAAUGACUUCCAGCGAACGGUGUCCACUCUCUUGACUGGGUCCAGACCAGAGCUAUCCGCCUUUCAACUGUAUGUGAGAAGGACAGCAACGAUCAUCCAUGGCUGGUUGCAGCUGGGAAUUUUACGACCAAUUUCAAGAAGUCGACACUUCACCCCUCCUCCGGUUCCAGGAGAUUGGCUUCUCAGGUUGGCCGCUGAUAACUUGCAGAAAGCACACGAAUCAUAUAGCGAUCCUACCAUGGCUCCAUGGGCGUGGUUCGGAUCUUUGUGGGUUCCGUGGCAUGGACUGGCAGUUGCCCUUGCGGAGAUGUGCGUGUGCAAGGAUCCGGUCACACUGUCCAAGUACUGGCCAGUGGUAGAGGAAACGUACCACCGAUCUAGCUUCUUGAUUGCUGAUUCCCAGCAUGGAAUGCUGUGGAAGCCUCUAGAGAAGCUCAUGGACCAGGCACGAACCCACAAGAGAGAAUUGCUAGGCAACGAGUCCCCUUGCGAAGCAAUUGACCAAGUCUCGCCGGGUGACAUUUUCUUUGCUUCUGUUCCUGAACGGCCGAUGCAGCCAAUAAAGCCCGAACUGUUGAACGCCGAACAACUGAACGCUCAGGCUGCGGCGAACUCUCCAUUACGUUGGGGUACGUCGAAUAUUGCUACCGGCCACCAAUUCAACCCAGCUGUCGCAAUACCACAGACAACUAUGCCGUUUACACCCUUCCCAAACAUAUGUGAUGAGGUGGACUUUGCCGAUACGGAGUUACAAGGUCCUAUCGACAACAACGCGUGGGUUAACUACGAUAACUUUAUUGGUGAUUUAUAUGCUAGUCCGGAUUGCUUUUUCUUGCCACGAUGA